CCGGCUGGCUCGGCGGCCGCGGGACGCCCCGGCGCUGACCGCCCUGGGCCCGCGCCGGCCUGCGUAGAUGCGUCUGGCCAGAUCCCGCGCCACCAUGUAAACGGCGCCCGCAGGCGGACACUGGUUUUUCCGCCCGGUACCCCUCCGCCCUGCCCCGGGCUCCAGGGCCUUCAAUGAGGACACACCAUGCUGACCGGGGUGACCGGCGGGAUCUUCUGCUGCCUGCUGGGUGCACCACCCAAUGCUGUGGGGCCACUGGAGAGCGUCGAGUCCAGUGAUGGCUACACCUUUGUGGAGGUCAAGCCUGGCCGCGUGCUGCGGGUGAAGCAUGCCGGACCCGCUCCAGCCCCCAACCCACCACCACCUCUGCCAGAUGCCGCCCAGGGGGACCAGUCGGGCUUGGUCCGCUGCCAGCGCCGAAUCACCGUGUACCGCAACGGGCGCUUACUGGUGGAGAACCUGGGCCCAGCACCUCGAGCUGACCUCCUGCAUGGUCAGAAUGGCUCCGGGGAGCCACCAGCCACCCUUGAGGUGGAGCUGGCAGACCCAGCGGGCAGUGAUGGCCGCUUGGGCCCGACCAGUGCCGGGAGUGGCAGUGGUGGGCGACGGCGGCGAGCCCGGCGCCCCAAGCGGACCAUCCUCAUUGACUGUGAGAAGCGCAUCACCAGCUGCAAAGGCACACAGGCCGAUGUGGUGCUUUUUUUCAUCCACGGUGUCGGCGGCUCCUUGGCCAUCUGGAAGGAGCAGCUGGACUUCUUUGUGCGCCUAGGCUACGAGGUGGUGGCCCCUGACCUGGCCGGCCAUGGGGCCAGCUCAGCACCCCAGGUGGCUGCAGCCUACACCUUCUAUGCGCUGGCAGAGGACAUGCGCGCCAUCUUCAAGCGCUACGCCAAGAAGCGAAAUGUGCUCAUUGGGCAUUCCUAUGGUGUCUCCUUCUGCACAUUCCUGGCACAUGAGUACCCAGACCUGGUGCACAAGGUGAUCAUGAUCAACGGCGGGGGCCCCACAGCACUGGAGCCCAGCUUCUGCUCCAUCUUCAACAUGCCCACCUGUGUCCUGCACUGCCUGUCGCCCUGCCUGGCUUGGAGCUUCCUCAAGGCUGGCUUUGCUCGCCAAGGGGCCAAAGAGAAACAGCUGCUGAAGGAGGGCAACGCAUUCAACGUGUCAUCCUUCGUGCUGCGGGCCAUGAUGAGCGGCCAGUACUGGCCCGAGGGCGAUGAAGUCUACCACGCCGAGCUCACCGUGCCUGUCCUGCUCGUCCACGGCAUGCACGACAAGUUUGUGCCGGUAGAGGAAGACCAGCGCAUGGCCGAGGCCAUGCAUGGAUGUCGGGGAGUCCCAGGGCAGCCUGGCCCCGCGCGCCGCCGUCCUGCCUCCACCCGCCCUGAGCCUGCAUCCCCCGCAGAUUCUGCUCCUGGCCUUCCUGAAGCUCAUCGACGAAGGCAGCCACAUGGUGAUGCUGGAGUGCCCGGAGACAGUCAACACGCUGCUCCAUGAAUUCCUGCUCUGGGAGCCCGAGCCGGCGCCCAAGGCCCUGCCCGCGCCCCCGGAGGAGAAGUAGCCGCUGGGCCGGCGGGCAUCGCUUGGUGUGCGGAGGAGCAGGAGGCCGGAGCCGGCGCCGGCUCUGCAGCGCGGACCACCUGGGCUGGCCGCCCGCCCCCCGGUGGGCGGGGCCGGGUCGGGAGACGCCCCCAGACCGGCUGGGCAGGGCGGGGCACCCGUGGGAGCCGGGUGGACGCAGGCUCUCUGCUUCCGUCCUGCGGGGCCAGGCGGUGUUUCGGGCCGCAGCCGGGACCCCCGCGGAGGAUGACCUUGUACAGAAGCCCCCUCUCCCCCCGCGCCAUGGCCGAGGCAGGCCCCCUACCCCGCUCUCUGUCUUCCGUGUCAGCUGUGCUUGAUCCUGGGACUUGCGAGCCCCGGAGGGACCCUCGGGUCCCCGCCCCGUUGCCCGAGACCCCCACCCCCUAUUCCUCGACGCUGGGAGCGAUGUUGCCCAAGAGCGUUGGGACUGAGUCGGGGGCGGGGGGGCUGGCGCCACUGAACCUGCACAUCCCAACUUGUAACUCAAUAAAAAGAAGUGACAAUCUGAGUCUCUGUAACUGUGCUGGGUGACCGCAAGUUGGGGUCCUCUCCACCGUCCAAGCUGACUUCCCAAAUUCUCCCUCCCUUCUCAGAACGCAGGGGCUGCUUGGGCAGGAUUCCCAGAGCCAGGGGGUGAACUCCUGGUCUCUGGAGGGAAGGGCGACGGCCAGCUGAGGUCAGUGCGGCGGCUGAGGUGACCAGUGGACUUUGCAUGCGACUAGAGCAGCCAGCUGUAUACAAGGCCUGUGCUG